GAUUCACUGUUUGGCGCACGCACAGCAACGCACAGUGUGUGAGUAAACAGGAGGGUGAACUUGGAAUGAGCUUUGCUCACUUUGCAACGAAUUGCUUGUUAUGUGAAUAUGUGAAAAUAGAAUCGUAGCGAAUUGAGUGAAAAUCCACUGUUAUUACUAUUAGAUACAGUUAUCAUUUGUAUGAUAACCUUCGCUUUGGAAAUCUGUUCACGUGUAUACUGCUUCCUUGUUUAUAUUUUGUCGGUUGCGCGAAGAAUGUGUUAAUUUACAAAUAAUUUCUGUGUUCGUGAAAAUGACGCUCUUCAUUUUGCGCUCACUAGGAAGUAGAGCACGUACAGCCAUCAGUGAGUUUUCAUAUGAGUGUUCCAGACGAUCUAGGCUUUCAACAAAACCAAGUGUAAAAGAAGAGGGUUUGAAAUCAGAAACCGAUAUAGAAACAUACCUAGACCCACUGAAGCACCCUGAUUACUUUAAAGUUCAUGAACUUUUUACUAUCAGUGACCUAUUUGAAGCAAGAGUUCACUAUGGACACAAAAUUGGUUCUCUUAAUGAGUAUAUGAAGCCUUAUAUUUUUGGUUCAAGACAAGAUCAUCUUAUAUUUGAUUUGGAUAUAACUGCAAGACAUCUGAGACAAGCCCUGAAUUUCACUGCCCACAUUGCAUACCAAGGUGGCAUAAUUUUAUUCAUUUCUCGAAAUGCUCAGAUGGCUCAUACAGUUGAAACGACAGCUUUAGACUGUAAAGAAUUUGCUCAUACAAGGUAUUGGCGUGGAGGAAUCUUCACAAAUUCCCAGUGUAUUUUUGGUGCUACAACAAGGCUUCCUGAUUUGUGUAUAUUCUUAAAUACUUUAAACAAUAUUUUAACGCAACAUACAGCUGUAGUGGAAGCUGCAAAAAUGAACAUCCCAUCUGUUGGUAUUGUAGACACAAAUUGUAAUCCACUUUUACUCACUUAUCCAGUUCCUGGCAAUGAUGAUACACCAUGUGCUAUAGAAUUAUAUUGCAAAUUAUUUAAAGAGGCUAUACUGAGAGGGAAAGAGCAGAGGCAGAAGGAUAUUGAUAAAUAAUUGUGUAACAAAAUCUUGAUUUGUAGUAAACAUUAAUUAUUACUCUUUUAUUUCUAUCAAUAAUUUAUUUACUCCUGAAUUUCAGUAAUUGUCAUGAUUUUUAUUGCCUAGUUUCCUAUGAAAUUUUCUUUCACAGGAUAGUGAUGCAAACAAUACAUCUUGUUUACUGGCAAACAAUACAAAGUUCUUGUUUACUUUUUCAAAUUAAACCUUUUAUAAAUCCAUUAAUUCCUUAGGAAGAAUUCAAACAUUGUUCCAUAUAUUCUCACCAAUUUUCAUUCUGCAACUAAGAACAAAACUGCUUCCUUCAUAUGUGCCAUAAACUAUUUUUAUUUUUAAUGCUGUUGGUCAACUAUCUGUUUGUUUUAACGCUUCAUUGUUCAUUUUUUCGUUAUUUAGUUUGCUGCUGAAGUAGAUACCUUCUAAUAAUUAAAUACGGUAAAUUAAAGACAGUA